UAUUCAUUGGUUGAUAAUUAAUUAGUAUAUCACAUACAUACAUAUCAAUCGCCUUUUAGAAUAUGUAACUCAUGAAGAAUGUGUAAUUACUAAAAAGAUUAUACGGUGAAUAAUAAUGGAUUUAAUAGUUAAUACAUACUUUUGAUGAUGAUCUAAUGAUUGCAACAACAAUUCUUAAAAAACAAAUUAUGUAUAUAUUGAAUAUAAAAAAGUUUGCAUUAUAAAAAUGACUGGAAGCUCUAAAAGUUGUAUUUUAAUAGUCAAUAAAGAUGCCUUAAAAAUUAAAUCAUUGUAUGGCUAUCAACAGUUGUCUUUAACAUUUGAGUAUGGAUUUUAUGUUCAAUUCCAUGCACCUUCAAGUUGAUUUAAACUAAAUGAUAAUUUGAAAAAAGUAUAGGGACGCAGAAUGAAAUUUACAAAUGCUGAUUAAUUAAUUUGGGUUAUAGGGAAUUAAAUAAGCAAAAAUUGUCAGUGCAUUUAAAUGGAA